AUGACUAAUUUAGAAUGGAUUAAGAAAAAUAUCAAUGAAAUGGGCGCUGAAGCGUUCAUAGAUUAUUGGUUUGACCACAAGAUAACCCCUUGGUGUACUGUGUGUGAUAAUGACGAUGCAGACGAUAUGGAUUGCAGAUGUUGUGCCACGCGUUGGCUUGAAGCAAAACAUCAAGAACCUAUGCCCGAACUGAAAGUUGGUAUGUUUAUUGAGGCAAAAGGCAAAUUGGGAGUUGUUGUGAAUGAUAUUACCAUAGCAUAUCAAGACGGCAACCUCUCCCAUCUCUUACUCGGAGCAGAAUACGAUGCCGAGCUAACGCUUGUUGAAGAGAACAAAUACGGUAAAACAUACGAACUCGCUGAAAGCAUAGAGAUUAACAUCUCUAACCUCACAGAAGCCGACAGCCGAAAUAUUCUUCUCUCCAUCACAACAAAACAACAGACCGAAUAUAUUAUGCGAGAUUUCCCGCAGUUCGUGCAGUAUGUUCUUGAUGGUCGAGUUGAUGAGAUACCGAUUGAUAAAAUCUACAAUGUCGGCAGAUAUAAGUGCGACCUUUAUGCACAGUUGAUUAUCGGCAACUAUAAGUUGAUAUCUAUUCAAAACUCUCUGAAAGAGUAUAACUUUUCACUUGAAGAGUGUCGCAAGCUCAAUUCUGUCUAUCAAGACAUAAACAUCAUAGCGUCAACCAUCAAGGAGCAUCCUUAUGUUGUGUUUGUAGGCGCUCUUCAGCGCGACUUUGAGGCUGUUGAUGAUUUUAUUUGCUCUAAGUUCCCCGCUAUGAAACAUUCCAAAGAACGCUGCGAGUUUGCCAUUCUUGAUGUACUCGACAGUGUUGAGAUUGACGGCAGUACACGAAUUAACGCUAAUCAGUGUGUGAAAUACAUUCCUCGUGAGCUGUUAGACAUUGCCGUUGAGACGGUUAAUGAGAGUGAGAGGAUAUAUUUUGACAAAGAGACGAAGUAUAUCUCGAAGAUAGACACUUACAAUAAAGAAGUCGCUGUUGCUGAAAAACUGCGUACUUUAAUUGAUAAUUCGAGCGAAUUAGGGCUUGAUGUUGAGGGGUAUAUAAAUACACUCAAUGAGUGUAAAUUGACCAAAGAGCAGUUGAGUAUAUUGGAUAUUGUCAAUAAAAAUAGUGUAAGUUUGCUUAUGGGCGGUGCUGGAUGUGUUGAUGGAGAUACUGAAUUUUUUAAUGGUUAUGGAUGGAAAAAAAUUCGAGAUUACAGAUAUGACGACUAUGUGUUACAAUAUAAUUUAGACGGCACCGCAACCUUAGUAGAACCAUAUAGAUAUUGGAAGUUCCCUUGUAAUAAACUAUAUCAUUUUGAGACUAAAUACGGGGUCUCUCAGACCGUUUGUGACCAACACGAUAUCGUAUAUAAAUCUCCAAAAGGAGUUAUACAUCAUACCAACAUUGCCGAAAUUAUUGAAAAGCAGGACUCUGCAAAGAGUGGCUUCACAGGUCGGUUUAUGACUUCAUUUAAUUACGAUGGCAAAGGUAUAGAUUUAACAGACGAUGAAAUUCGUGUUAUGGUUGCAGUGAUGGCAGAUGGUAGUUUUCAAAAGAAUAAUCCAACAAGCACCCGUUGUCGUUUUCAUAUCAAAAAAGAGCAUAAAAAAGAACGACUUAGAGAGCUGUUUAAUAACGCUGGAUGUGAAUUUGUUGAACACCAAAGUGCAACAGAAGGAUAUACAGAUUUUCAUGUGACUGUGCCUCGCAGAGAAAAGGUGUUCUCAAAGUAUUGGUACGGCUGUAAUCAUCAUCAAUUAGAAAUUGUUUGUGAUGAAGUUAUGAGAUGGGAUGGCUCAACCAACUAUUCUCCCGUAGGUAAAGUUAAAAGGCAAAGAUUUUCAACCACCAUUAAAGAGUCCGCUGACUUUGUUCAAUUUGCCUUUUCUGCUAUUGGUAAAAGAGCGACAAUAUCUAUUACUGAUAGGCGUGGUCGCAAGCGUAUUGUUAACGGAAAAGAGUAUAUCUCCAAAAGUGUUGAAUAUAGUGUUGGUGUAACAGAUAAAACUUUGGUUGGAUUAUGUAGCAACAACCGUCUUGACCAUACGAAAACACAAGUUUAUAAAGUACCCACAAAUGACGGCUAUAAAUAUUGUUUUACCGUUCCUUCUCAUAUGUUGGUGCUUAGGAAUAACAAUUGUAUCUUUAUAACUGGCAAUUGCGGCAAGAGCUACACAACCAAAGCAAUCGUUGAUAUGCUCAUAGCCAACAACCUCUCAGUGCGUCUGCUUGCCCCCACAGGCAUCGCAUCUAAGGUGCUCUCACAAGCCACCAAUCAACACGCAACAACCAUUCAUUCAGCCGUGUUAAACUGUAUGGGCAACUUCACCGAAGAUGUUAUCAUCAUUGAUGAGUUUUCUAUGGUGUCGCUUGAUGUUAUGUCUAUGGUGUGUGAUAAACUGAGAGACGACCACAGAUUGAUUAUGGUCUGCGACCCCGCACAGUUGCCGUCUAUUGGGUGUGGAAAUGUGCUGACGGACAUUGUUAACAGCGGCAUCGUGCCUAAUGUAACACUUACAAAAGUCUUCCGCUUUGGUACAAGUGGCAUCGCCACAACAACAACCAACAUUCGCAAUGGUGUGGAAUAUGUUGCCGAUGACGGCAAAGUUCAGUUUGAUUGUGUGGAGAAAGACUACCGUUUCUUGCCGAUAAGCAACCCCUUAGAGCAAAUAGAUGAAGUUUAUAGCGAACUACUUACAAGAUAUGACAAAAGAGAUAUAAUGAUACUGUCGCCGUUUAAUAAGGGCAACUUCGGCACAAGAAAAAUCAAUGAGAUGAUACAGAACAAAUACAACCCUUCAGACUUUGAGGUUGGUCAUAAGUAUGCAAAGUUCCAUAUUAAUGAUAUGGUUAUUAAUACUCACAACAACUACGACGCCACCUCAAGAGAGAAGUUCGAUUAUGAAAAGUGGGUUGCUGAAGAAGAUAGAUUAGGGAGCUUAGACGAAGACUUUAUCCCUCAAACAUUUCCUAAGACCGCUGUUAUGAAUGGUGAUAUUGGUAUUAUUACAGAUAUAGACCUCAACAAGAAUGUGUUUGUGCAGUUUGAUGAUGUUGAGGUCGUUUAUGCGCCUAAUGAGUUACAUAAUCUUCUGUUGGCUUAUGCUAUAUCGAUUCAUCGUUGUCAAGGCUCACAAGCUAAAGCGGUUAUUGUUGUAACGCAUCCUCAACACUCAAAGAUGUUGAAUAGAAACUUACUCUAUGUUGCAACAACAAGAGCACAAACAGAACUGAUUGAGAUUGGCUCGGCGCCGACUAUUAAUGAAGCCAUCAAGAUAGAAGAAACUCAAAUGAGAGAUACUUGGUUAAAAAACCUCUUGACAAAUUGA